AUGGCAGUGGCAUAUCCAAAGUCGCUACAAAGUGCAUUGUCAAGUGUGCCAGAUACCGACAACAGAGCGAACUCAUAUACAGGUCAGGUUCAGGAUGGCCUUUUCCACGGCAAAGGGAUAUUUUACUACGGGGAUAACGAGCGCUAUGAAGGGGAUUUUGUAUAUGGCAAGAGAGAAGGGAAAGGAAAGUUCUACUAUGCAGAUGGGUCUAUAUAUGACGGAGAUUGGGUGGAUGACAGAAUCAAAGGCAAAGGCGUCGCAUACUUUGCAAGCGGGAACGUUUAUGAAGGGCAGUGGGAGAAUGGUAGAAUCAAUGGGUAUGGAACAUUGAAGUACGUUAAUGGGGAUGAGUACGAAGGAGAAUGGAUAGAUGGCGCUAUGCACGGACAAGGGACAUACAGGUAUGCCGAGGGAGACGUUUAUACAGGAGAAUGGAGAAACGAUAAAAGACACGGAAAGGGCACUGUCACAUACGUAUCCGCAAAGGGAGCUGUCCUGGAGUCCUACGAGGGGGAUUGGGUAGACAACGUAAUGAGUGGAAAGGGCAAAUACGAGUACGCCGACGGCAGCAUUUAUGAAGGCGAUUGGUAUAACGGGAAAAUGCAUGGCAAUGGGAAGUAUACAUAUCCAGAUGGAAACAAGUAUGAUGGGGAAUGGUCAAACGAUCACAAAGAAGGGUACGGGAUUCUGAUGUACACAAAUGGCGAAAAAUACGAAGGGUACUGGCUUAAUGACAAAGCGCAUGGCACAGGGACCCUCACGUACCCCUCCAACGAUAAAUAUGUUGGAGAGUGGGUCAACUCGAAAAAACAUGGAUGCGGUGAAUUGAUCUAUGUCAAUGGUGACCGUUUCAAAGGCACAUGGGCAGACGAUGAAGCCAGUGGUUACGGAAUUUUCGAAUAUGCGAAUGGGAAUCGAUACGAAGGUAAAUCUAUAUGCAAUAAUGUUAUUAUAUACGAAAUAGGAGAUUGGCUAAUGAACAAACGUCACGGCAAGGCAACUUUUUACUGCCAUGAGGACGGUUGCGUAUACAAGGGAGGAUACGUCGAAAACAAGAAAGAAGGACUUGGCACCCUGACACUCACGAAUGGGCAUAUUUUACGUGGUACAUGGCGUCGUGGAACACUAGUAUCUAUAGAGAAAUUCGAUAUCUCACCGACAUCUUGCUGGAGCAACCCCGAUCUGUGA